AUGCCUCCAAAAGAUAACCUGUACCUACCGAAGUAUAUCCAGAACGUUCCAUGGUACUUCAAAACCGGAGGUAAAGAUUCCACGGACGAUCUUUCCCACCACCGUAAAGACCCAGCACAAGCACCUAUUGACCACAGUGUUCCACAAGCUGGAAUUGGAAUCCAGGACGAGUUUGACACCGUCAAUGGACACGAAAUCAGAAAAGAUGGAGACUAUUCAACUAAAAGAGAUCGCUGGCAUGGUACAACGCUGGGAGAUUGGGAUGAGAUCCUUGCACAAUGGAGUACCAUCAAAAGGAGCAUCCAGAAGCCUGAAGAUGCUAACGACAGUGACGAUACAGACUAUGAGCUCGAAUUGCAGGAGCUAGGGCUAGAGAAGAAAGACUUGCACAUUCAUUUGAAAGAGGAUCCGUUGGAAAAGUCCAUUCGAGACAGACGUGAUGUUCCAGCGUACAUUCUUGCCAUCAACGCUAACGAGGGAGGUAAGAUCCGUUUGGGCAAAGAUUCAACUGCAGCAUUGAUCAACCUGGACUCAGAAUUUGUUAAGGAAAGCAAAGAUGUGAAAGAGCUCCGCCAAAUGCAAAAAUUUGCCUGGGACCAGAAUAGACAAUAUGAAGAAAGAAAGCAGAAGGAAUUAUACCAGAAACAGCUUGAUAGCUUGCAUGAUCCGUAUGCUGAAGUUGAUGACACGGUUCCUGUUGAUCUAGGUCUCAGUGUGGAGGCCAGUCCUACGUUAAUGAUGCUCAAGAAUAGACAAAAUGAGGCCGAGAAGAAAAGGGUCAUGGAGAAGAAAAAGAACUCGUUGCUCGAUAGAUAUGGAUAA